UGUUAUUGUUUAUUUGUUUAAGAUGCUAAAGCUAAAUACAAGCGCAUGAUGCAAGACAAUAUUAAAAGUGCUAAGGCUUUGAUCAAAAUAAUGUGUGUGUAAGAAGAGGUUAAUAACAGCAGAAUAACGCAGCCGCAGCGCUGCGACUGCGCAAAAGCAAAAGCAACAAAAAGAGUAACGAAUAUUGGUUAAAAGCAGUCAAAAUGAGGCAGAUGAAAAUGCUGCUCCUGCUGCUGCUGCUGGCGUCGACGCUGACGUCAGUUUUGUGCGCAAUGCCUGGCGUGCGUAUACUGCGUGAUCCUGUAAGCCAAGUGGCAGAAAUAAAUGAUAAAGUGAGUCUUGAAUGUGAAACGAGCUUGCCACCGGAACGAUUCGAAUGGAGUUUUGCGGAAACUCGUCGCAAGAUUAAAUAUUUAAAGACAAAUAUAACAAAUGACAAUGUUCUGUCCACGUUGAGUCUGACAGUCAGUGAAUCAACACUUGGUGACUAUCGUUGUGUGGCCUGGUUUGGACCAUUGGCGGUGACUUCAACGACAGCGCAGGUGCAACUUACGAGGUUUAAAAGGUUGCACGACGCGGAGGAAUACUUGAGCUGGCGAGUGCCGGCAGGCAAUAGUAUAAGUUGGAGCUGUGCGCAUUUGUUGUUAGCAGAGCCAGCAGCAAACUGGCGUUUUUAUAAGGAUAACGUGGAAAUCAAGUAUGGACAAGAAGAGAUUCUAAUGCUAGAGGCAUUGCAGUUGGAGCAUAGUGGGAACUACAGCUGCUUGGCAGUGCAUCAAUCUACAGGAAAACAAUUGAGCUUGGCGAGCUUGCAACUUAAAGUAGUUCAACAACAAGCAGAGCCCCGGCAGCCUCCACAUUUGCUUCUAGGACAAAAAAUGCAACAAUUGGUAAACGUCAAAGUCGGACAAAGUGUGAAUUUAAGCUGCGAGGGUAUAGGCAAUCCCGCACCUAGAAUAACAUGGCGCCAUCUAGACGUACAGCAAUCGAAGCCACAACUAUAUAUAGCUGCAGUGCAGCCGGAGUUGGCGGGCAACUACAGUUGUGAGCUAAACAAUGGGAUUCGACCCGCCUUGGAACAUUUGUUGCAGCUGCAAGUGUUGGAGGCACCACGCAUAAUUGUGGGGCCACAAGCAAGUCUUACCAAUGAAGGCGCGGAUUUGCAGCUGCAGUGUCAGGCACAAGGCAAACCCACUCCUGAAAUAUAUUGGCUGCUCAAUGGCGAAAAGAGCGCUUAUGAUACGGCUGCCACACAGUUACCCAAUGGAGAUCUGUUGCUGCAGAGCGUGCAAAAGCGUCAUGCGGGCUAUGUGCAAUGCUUUGCCCGCAAUGCACUAGGCGAGACCAGGGCAGGCACUUUGCUGCAAGUUAAUCCCGAACAGAAGCAAGAGGAGGCGACCAGCAGCAGCAAGCCGCCGCCGCAUAAACCGCGACGCCGACAAAUGGUACCACCCUCUGCUCCCAAUGUUACACGUCUUUCAGAUGAGUCCGUGAUGCUGCGUUGGCUUGUGCCCAGCAAUGAUGGUCUACCCAUACAAUUUUUCAAGGUGCAGUAUCGACAGCUAGGUGAGCAUGCCAAGCGUCGUAGCUGGCAGACCACCAAUGAUAAUAUACCAUUUGGCAAACAGCAACGUUCGGAGGCACUGCAGCAUAACUUUACUACAUCUGUAACUGGACUACGCGCCAAUUGUAGUUAUCGCUUUCGUAUUAUGGCUGUGUAUUCCAACAAUGACAACAAGGAGAGCGCAACAUCUGGCAAAUUUUAUUUGCAGCGCGGCGAAUCCUUGAAACCUUUAGCUGUACCAGAGCUAGCGGAUAUCGAGGCUUAUGGUCAGUCGGCCGUGCUGCUGCAUUGGCGUCUAGCUGCCAUAUCGGAUGAGCAGCUUAUUUCGGGCUACUAUGCUUACUAUCGUCCGGCCAGUUCCGCGGGUGAAUAUCUCAAAAUCACCAUAGAUGGUUCCGCUGCGCGCAGUUUUCUCAUAAAUGCCUUGGAGCCCGGAACUGUUUAUGAAUUUAAGCUGCAAUCUUUUAGUCCCGAUGCCGCCUCGGAGUUUAGUGCUUUGAAGCAAGGACGCACGCAGCGUCCACAAGUAGCAUUCACAACAACGCCUGCUCCCUCAUCCACUGACAACUCUAAUUACAGCUCCAACGAUACCUUUCAGCUUAGUCCACUGCUCAGUAUUGGCAGCAUUGGUGGUGCUGCUGCUUUGCUGCUCUUACUUGCCAGCUUUUGUCUGUGUCGCUGUCGGCGUCGCACUCAACAGGACCAGGAGCAGCAGCAGCAUAAGACGCGUUUGGCUGAGUUGCGUGAGGAUUUCUUGCCGUUGAGCGGCAAUCAAAAAGCUCGCACACGUCACAUACACAUCACCUUGAACCCUUUGGAGCAACAAAAGCAGCAGCAACAACAACAAGAUGUAGAUAGUUUAAGCUAUAGUCCUUUGCGUCGCUCACAGCGCAAUAAUAAUAAUCUCCAAGCACCCGACAGUCCUGGCGCACGUGUUCUGCUUAAACGUUCACGUCUGUCCAGUCGAGGAUCUGAGAAUCUUUCCACAGGCAGCUUAAAUAGCAUUGGUGUUUAAAUAAUUUCGUGAUCUUUAGUCUAUUUUUAGACCCUGUACGAGCAUGUACAAAGGGUCUUAUUUUUUAUUAUGCGCUACCUCUGUUUUAAACUCUAUUUUUUAAAUUGCUUCAAAUGACGAAACUAUUUGUACUUAUGUACUAGAUUAAUUUACAACUAAGUACUUAAAUAAUUAUAACUGUAAGUCUUCCAUACUUAUACCCCACGCAAUAGAUUGUAAGUUUAAAUUCUGUACUGAUAGCUGACUAGUAUUUUUACAUAAAAAAGAAAGUGACAAUAAAAUUAAGU